AUGCAGCCGGUCCCCUUCCCCCUCGCCUCCAACGCUACGCUGCAUGCCUGCCUUGCCUCUUAUGCUCUUCACCCCUUCUCCCACCCCUGCUCAUCUUUUCCUUCCCACCCAUGCCAAACCCUUCACCACAGGGAGAUCAUGGCGUCCCCCAUCGGCCCCUGGUUGAAGCCAGCACUGGAAGCCACUGGCAUGCAGUCGCCCCCCUUCCCCCUCGCCUCCAAUGCUGGUCUGCUCCCGCGCCCCCAGCGCCUCUACUUCCUCUUCUCUGACCCCAUCCGCACGGACGGGCUUGAUCCCACGAUCAUACGCGACAAGGAGGAGUGCAGUAAAAUCUACCAGAUGGUGCGGGGGAGAGUGGAGGGUGGAAUAGAGCAGCUCAAGGAGAUGCGCCGGGCAGACCCCUUGAGAGAAACGCUUCCCAGAAUAGCGGUGAACCUUCUGGAUGGCUGGGAUGGCACUUGA